CGCGACCCCCGCCCACCCGCGCCGCCACCAUGAGCUCCACCAUGCCCUCCACCAGCAGUUCCAGCCACCACCGCGUCAAACGCGAGAGCAGCGCCCGCGCCCCCGACCUCACCCACAUGGUCUACGACCACCCGCCGGCCGGCCGGCCGGCCGCCAAAUUCCGCAUGGAGCGCUACGACUCGGGCUACUCCAGCCCCGGCACGCCCGACAUGGGACCCGGCGAAAGCAGCGGCAGCCCGCCAAAACCCACCCGGUACAAGAUCGUCGACGAGCCGGAUCUAGUCGACUCCCAACCUCCUCCUCCUCCAUCAUCCUCCCGCAGCGGAGGACGCACCGCCAAACCCAUCCGCAGCAACAGCUACAUCUACCCGGCGGAGAAGUCGGCACCGGUGCCGCCUCCGCCAUCCUCCUCCUCCUCCAAACCAUUAUAUAAUGAGAUCCCCAAGUACGUGCGGGAGAUCAGCCCGGAUUCGGCGCACGCGCCGCAUGUGGUGUAUAGCAAGCGGGACGGGCCUCGUCAGUAUCACGAGGAUUAUCGACAUCAUCCGGCGAUGGGGUCCAGACGACAGUCUACAUAUGCUUGAUUUUCUACCUACUAUAUUAUUGACCUUCAUUUUCUCUUGUGUUUUUUUUCUUUUGAUUUCGUCAUUUGACUUAUGGUUGCAGAUGGAGGCACACUGAGAUUUGACUGACUGAUUGAUUGAUUUGGUUUCUUUUUUACUAUUAUUAUCAUCAUUACUAUUAUGAUUAUGACUAUGAAUGAGUAUGAGUAUGAGCAUGAGCAUGAGUAUACCUGACUAUAACAAUGACAG